ACAGUGGGUCUUGAUUUCAGAGAUGAUAAGCGCUGCAGAGGAAAGCUUCUGUUCUGUUCUGCUUCUGUUUUAAUUUUAGCACCAAUUUGAUAAGUUAGACACUGAACAGAAAUGAGGAACUAAAAUAAUGAGGGCCUGACUUUUUACAGAAUUAUAUAUUUCCUGAAUUUGUGUGUGUUUUAGAGAGAGAGAAAAAGCGAGAGAGUGUAGGAAGGUGCUGUUCCACACAUGUGAGGCCACCUCUGCAGUGUGAGGUUGAACAGUGUGGUCAGAAGCAGUUUAACUACCACUUCCUCUCACUUCUUAUGCUGAAGAAAUCUUAUGUUUGACGCUCGGGUCGGCAAGGGAGUGACUGAAUUCGGGCUACAGCAUGAUGAUUGUUCAGCUUCACUUCUGUCUGCUGCUGUGUUGUGGAGCUGCAGAUGGAUUCAGUGAUCUGCAGGUAGAUUUAGGACAGAAUGUGACUAUAAACUGUGAGAUUGGUGUAAAGGAUGUUUACUGGUUCCUGAUGAAGCCGUCACAUCCCACAGUGUAUAUAUUACGCUCUUUCUCAGGCAUGUCCACGGAUGCAGUUUACGGUGACCAAGCCUUCAGAGAAAGAUUCUCCCUGAAGCACAGUGGUAGUUUAUUUAUUCAAAAUAUCACCGUGAAUGAAUUAGGAAUUUAUUACUGCAUAAACCAAGAGUCAUCACAGAAAAUUAGCAACGGAACCAGGCUUUACAACACACUCCAUGCAGACAAUCAUAGCAAUCUGACGAAGGAUCUUGAGGUUAAUCAGAUAAACGACAAACUUGAUGACAAUUUAAAAAAUCCUACUCAUCUACAAAUCUUAUUUAUUGUCUCUGCCAUGCUGAACUUUAUCCUGGUCAUCGCAGUAACAGGUAUUACAGUUCAGUAUUGUAAAAGGACUCAAAAGCCCCAGCCACAGCCGCCAGACUCUACGGCUAGAUCAUCUCCACACCAUCAAGAGGCCAGUGGUGCACAGUAUGAAGAGAUUGAGCUGCCGUCAAACAACAUGAGACUGAUUCAGGUGAACAGCACUUACGCCCUGUUACAGAAGCCAAAACCUCAGAGAGGAGCCUGAAGACUCGCGUUCGUCUCACUGCUGGACAAACCUGUAGGCAUUUAACCGUGUGCAGGAUGUUCGGGACCAGGACUGAGCUAAAAUGGUUAAUAUAAGAUAGUGUUAACCAAGUGAGCAUGGGCGUGUGAGCUGUGCACGAGCUGCUGGCUGUUCAGCGGGGUUUGACACCUCCAUCAACACUUUGGUGAGAUUUUCUUGAAAACCUGCAAAGUUGAUCAUCAGACUGCAUCAGGGGAAGUGUGAUCAGAUGUGUGCACUGCACGUGGGAUGUGUUUUUCUUUUUUCAGGUUACCUUCACGGGGUUUCUUCUCAACACUUCCCAUAUGUUUGUGAGAGCUGGGCUUUUCAAAACACAAAAUCUGGACUAUGUUUUCGGACAAAAAUAAGAGUUUGUUCCGUUUUUUGCUGGAGAAAUUGUCUGUACUGUCCAGGGAAGGAUUUCUACAUGAUAUUAGAACAUUUAAGUUUAAAGGAUCUGACUGCUUUAAGCAGAAACAAGUAGGUUAGCAUAACCAGGAUGUUUACAGCCUACCAUUAGGCAUGGAGCCAACCAGUUCUGGGUUUAUCUAGUCAAGAAUUUCCUGUUCUAUUUUCUAAUUUGCACAUCUGUGUCAGUAAUGGGUGAGUGAAACCUAGUGUAGCUGUGAAUGUAUUCUUCAAAAGAGGUGUCCACAAAUAUUUGGUUAAUGGUGGAACAAACUAACUUACGCUACCAGAGCAGGGGCGUCCUUCCUAAAGACAGAGCUCUUCAAUGAGCACCUACUCUCCUAACACCUCUAACUAACAAACUUACUACUUCUAACCUCAUUUUCUGUAUCCCAAUAUUACCUUUUAGGCUCCUAAAAUAUUUUUGCCAUGGACUUUUAUGCCCUCUAAUGCUAAUGUACAUCAUUAAUUGUAAGAUUAAUUGAAUAAAAGCAUCUGCUAAAUGUAAUGUAAUGAAAUGUACUGUACUGUAUUUAGUAAAAAGACCAGAGAACACAGUUCCUUGGCUCAACAGUUCAAUGUUGGGCGUGUCUUUUUAGCCCUUUAUUCCAGGGGUAUGCUAUUCAUUUUCCCAAGGUGCCACAUGAUAACCUGGGACUGUUUUGGAAAGCUGGAUCAACAGACUAAUCUAAAUGUGGCUUAAUGGUAAUUUUAUUUUUAUUUAAAA